CUCCCUUCCUCCGCUGGACUCGGCGCAGGGAGCGAUGUGAUUGGGCGGGCGGGCGGUCCGUCCUUCCUCGGAUUCCCUCGCCUGCCCUCCGCCUCCGGCUCGUUUGCUCCCGGGUUUCCUAGCGGAGGAAGGCACAGAGCAUGGAGAAUGAUGAAUUUUCGUCAGAGGAUGGGAUGGAUUGGUGUGGGACUGUACCUAGUAGCAAGUGCUGCAGCCUUUUACUAUGUCUUCGAAAUCAAUGAGACUUACAAUCGACUAGCACUGGAACACAUUCAGCAACCCCCAGAGAAAUUUAAACAAGAAAUCAGUUGGAUGCAUUCCUUAAAAACACGUCUUCUCUCUGUACCCUUUUGGCUAUGGGCCAUUAUCUUUUUAAUACCUUAUUUACAAAUGUUCUUAUUCCUUUACUCGUGUACGAGGGCUGAUCCUAAAACAGUGGGCUACUGCAUAAUUCCUAUCUGCUUGGCUGUGGUUUGCAAUCGUCAUCAAACAUUUGCAAAGGCCUCCAAUCAAAUCAGCAGACUGCAGCUUAUUGACACGUAAGGAAAUCAAUGUGGCCUCUCCCCUUCCCCAGUGGCUGGCUUUUGAUAAGUUGAAGAUCAAUUGAAUAUUUGAAAGGAACUUGAAAUUUUUUUUCUCAACAUUAACCUCUGGACAGAGCACCUACCAACCUUCUAUUUUUUUUUUUUUUAACAAGAUGAUUUUUAACUGUGGGGGGGUAUUCUGUUUGGUGAAAAGUUCUUUUGAGAACAGAGGGUAACAUUCUUCAUAUUUGCCUUACAAAGCAGAAUUUCUACACUCCAUCUGAAGAUUUUAGAGUAAAUAUAUAUUUGAAACCCUAAUUCACUGUGCAUCCUUCAAAACGUCAAGUUUCCUAUAAGGGAACUGCUGAAAAUUGACUUUGCCUAUGUUUAUGUGUAAACUUUGGAAUUAUUAUAAAAGUGGCAUUGAGACAUUGUCCUUUCUUCUUUGAUGAUGUUGCACUAAAUAAAUGAGAUUCCUUUUGCACACA